CCAUUUAUCAUUAACCUAAAAAAUAUAUAAUAUAUAAUACAGCCUGUCAUAAACAUAUACAGUAUAUAUGUAGGCUAUCUUGCAAUCGUUGUAGUAAGCCUGUUUUGAAACUCUUUUCUCGUUUCAGUUGUGGUUGCCCAGGUGAUGACGUGGGGAUUCUACUCCACCGGUGUUACUACGGAGAUGAUGAAGACCCGAAACUAUGACGAUGAUAACCAUGAUGCAGGCAGUAUUGCUGACCUCAGACACGAAUAGAGGCUGACACCUGUCCGUGUGAGCGUGAGAUUACUCCUGUGCGCUUUGUCACAAAGUAACGGGGAAGUGGGCGUGACAUCAUGGCACCCUGCCCCGGUCCUGCUCCGAGGUGGGGGCGGUGCAGCAGGCUGUAGCUCUACACAAGUUUUCCGAGACCUCGAAAAAAGUAGCUGCUAGAUCGGGCCGGUCCUCCAUGAAGAGACAAAGAGCAGCAAACGAGAGCGAACCGACUUCUCGUUAGUUUGCAGCCGAACUCAUGGUCGUGAUGGUUUUUAAAUCACCCGCAGACCCGGAACACUUCAGCCCGGUUUAAGUAACGGUAAACCACGGAAUCCAGUUUGGUUUCUAAUUACUCCACCAGAUUGGAUUCGGUUUGUGGAGACACCGGCUCCUAGCUGUGAUUGACGGGGCGGUCUCGUGUCGAACCCGGGAUCGGGACGGACCGGGACCCGGUGACCCAGGAUGAGGAUGCCCCGCGGGGGACGCAUGGUCCUGGGCACAUGCCUCGGUUCGCUGGUCGCCCUUGUCCUCUACCUCCAGACCGUCACCAAGCCAGAUGUGGAGCCCAUCACCAGCACCGGCUCCACCUCCACCCACCCCCCCCUCGGGAGGAGCGGGAGAAACCCCCUGCGGUCCCUCUACAACGGAGACCAGGACUCUGACCAAUCGUACGCCCAGUCGGCGCUACGGGGCCGCCGCGAGCUGCUGGAGGAGGCGUGUCUUAGCCAGACCAGGAAGAGGCGAGUCCUGUCCCCGGACGACCUCCGACACCUCAUCGUGGACGACAAGCAUGGCCUCAUCUACUGCUACGUGCCCAAGGUGGCGUGCACCAACUGGAAGCGCGUGCUGAUGGUGCUGACGGGCGACGGCCGCUACUCGGACCCGCUGGCCAUCCCGGCCCACGAGGCCCACGUGGCGGGCAACCUGCGCACGCUCUCCGAGUUCCCGGCCGCCGAGAUCAACCGCCGGCUGCGCUCCUACCUCAAGUUCGUGUUCGUGCGGGAGCCCUUCGAGCGGCUGGUGUCGGCCUACCGCAACAAGUUCACGCGCAGCUACAACGAGGCCUUCCACAAGCGCUACGGCACCAAGAUCAUCCGCCGGCACCGGCCCGGCGCGCGGCCCGGCGCGGCGGAGGCCGGCGCCGACGUCUCCUUCCGGGAGUUCAUCCAGUACCUGGUGGACCCCCGCACGCAGCGCGAGGAGCCCCUGAACGAGCACUGGGAGCGGGUGCACUCGCUGUGCCACCCCUGCCUCAUCCACUACGACGUGGUGGGCAAGUACGAGACGCUGGAGCCCGACUCCCAGGCCGUCCUGGGGCUGGCGGGCGUCCAGGGCAGCGUGCGGUUCCCCUCCUCGGGGAAGAGCGCCCGCACCGACCGGGACAUGGCGGCGCGCUUCUUCCAGGACGUCAGCCCCUUCCUGCAGAAGAAGCUGGUCAACAUGUACCGCAUGGACUUCCUGCUGUUCAACUACUCCAUGCCGCGGUACCUCCGCACGCCCUGAGGAACACCGGGGAGGAUCAGGGGAACCCGGCACUUUGUUCACGUCUCUCGGGCGUUCCUCCCGCCCGUACUCGCUGUAAAGGAGGUUAAAGACUGAGGCCCUCUGGUUGGGUUCCUUGGCGAGGGGAAUCCAUUUUGUGCCGACUGGACGGACUGACGGACAGAGGAAGGGACAGGCUUUGGUUCUGUUGCUUCGCCCGCUCG